AUGUUAAAUUGCGUUUUAUGUAAACAAAAUAAAGCUUGUUGCAAAGAUAAAAAAUAUGGUGCUGAAAGAAGUUUGUUUAGUAAUACCACUUUUAAAAGACGAAAGAUUGAUUAUUUUUUAAUCUAA